UGAUUGACUGUCCAUCUGACUGAGAACAAUUGAUUAGUCAUCCUAAUAACAAUUAUUACAUGGAUGUUCAUCACAAAGAAUGAGGACAAAUCCAAACCAAACUCGGCAGGACUCCACGGUGCAAAUCUCCGGGGUGAUUAAAAACUUGCAAGUCGCGCUUCCAAUCCGAAUACGAGAAAUUGAUCAUACUCUGGUGAGAUUCCAUCAGGUGAGUCUCGCGUCAUGUCUUCCCCUCCGAAAAGAUACCUUUUUAGGAGAAAGGAAUUAAAAGUCGUAGACAGUAUCUAUGUCGACAUUUCCAAUAAGGAGGGUUGAGAUCAAAGGUAAGAAUGAGAUGACCGGUUUUGAAGCGGGCCUCGAUGACUUUCCUAUGCAGCGCGGUCUGCGGAGUAUUUGUAGUCGCAGAUUUGGCCUCACUUGAGUCGAAGGUGAGGGUCUCCGAUCCAAUCCACGACGGCUAACUCUGCCAAAAGUUGGUGCCUUUCUUGUGUUCGAUGAAAGGUGGAAGCUUUGCGACUGGGUGGCGGAGACAAGAUGAAGUUUUGCAAGAGAUACGAGGACUACAUGCGGGGGAGGAGGGAGAAGGAGCUGCCUGCCCUUGGAUUGAAGCAGCUAAAGAAAAUAUUGAAGAGGUGUGGGAGAGAAUUCCAGUCCCAGCAUCAGAAGCAAGAUGAUGGAGGAGGGAGCAAAUUUGCCGGCAAUUGUGCAGUUUGUGAUGGCACUUUCUUCCCCUCCCUACACAAGGAGAUGUCAGCUGUUGUUGUUUGCUUUAAUCAACAUGCUCAGAAGCUACUUAAAUUGCAUUUAGCAUCAGGCUUUCGGAAGCUUAUUAUGUGGCUCAGAGGCAAGUCUCCGAAGAAUGAUGGAGCAUUGAUACAAGAAGGGAAGGACCUCGUUGCAUAUGCUAUCAUAAACUCCAUUGCCAUGAGAAAAAUACUGAAGAAGUAUGAUAAGGUUCAUUGCUCGAAGCAAGGGCAGGCAUUCAGAUCCAAAGCACCCAGUAUGCAUAUCGAGAUCCUCCAAUCACCAUGGCUGUGUGAGCUAAUGGCCUUUUACAUUAACUUGAGGCAAAGCAAACUUAAGAACGAAGCCAUCACCGAACUAUAUAAUGACUGCUCGCUUACAUGUGAUGAUGAUGGCAAACCAACACUUUCAUGUGGCCUCUUUGAUUCUAUGCAGAUUGAAAUUGACUUGACAUGUUCGAUUUGUUUGGACACCGUCUUCGACCCUGUUGCUCUCACUUGUGGCCAUCUAUUCUGCUACAUGUGUUGUUGUGCUGCUGCAUCGAUAACGAUAGUUGAUGGUUUAAAGGCAGCAGACCCUAAAGCAAAAUGUCCUCUUUGUCGGCGGGAAGGAGUAAAUGCUGGUGCAAUGCAUUUAGUUGAGUUAAACAUCUUGCUCAGUCAAAGCUGCCCUGAAUACUGGGAGAAGCGAUGCCAGACUGAGAGAGUAGAACGCGUUCGUCAGGCAAAGGAGCAUUGGCAAUCUCUGUGUCGAGAAUUCAUGGGUAUGUAGGAAUUAAUUUA